GAAUCAGGGUUCGGCUUUCUUCAGUGAAUCUGUCAGUUCUUUCUUUUUUUGCAGAAUGAGGUUUUCAGCAUUAUUUUUAUGCUUCCUAAUUGGUCUUUUAGGACUAGGAGGGAUUCACGGUUUGGCGUUAAUGGAAGAUGAGGGGGAGGAACCGGAGGAUAGAGACCUGAGCAAAGCUAUUUUGGAGAUGCUGCACAUAAAUAAACUGUCAGCACCUCAGCAAGCAAAGCCACACCCCUACAUGAAGCACGUUUACCAGUCUUUGGAUACACAGGCAAGAGACCUGAGUGGUUCAGAUGGAACUCUUGUGCAGAGUUUCCGGAGCAUUGAAGAUGAAAAGUACGGCACUGCAGGAUGGAUCUGGUUCAACAUGUCCCAGCUGAGUCCCUUCAUGAGGGUUGCAGAGCUGGUCCUGCUGAGGAAGACUCUUCAUCACAAGCCGCUUAGUGUGAUGGUCACAGUCCAUAGUCUUUCACCAGGAAGAGAUAAUCUGAGCAUUAGUGGCCCUCUUGUGGAGCACUUAUUGAGUCUGGACCGGGUGCCUCCAACAGGCUAUGACGUUUUUGACGUGACAGCUGCAAUAACCCAGCCACCGCGCCACUCAGAUAUCUUGGGCUUCCAGCUUCGCUUUGGGGAUGAGAGCGGCAGCUUGGUUCUCCACGAAGCCCUCACACAGAGCCUCUACUGCUUGAAUGGCAGCUCUCUCAGCCAGCCGCUCUUAGUGGUCUACAGGAGCAAAUCAAUGGAGCUACAGCAGAGGGCUUCAGGAGCGAGUUCAGAGCACAGGAACAGGCAGAGCUGCAUGGUCAGUUCAGAAUAUGAGAGACAUUUGAGACAUGGGAGGCAUGUAGCUGCAUGCAAGCUGUAUGUACAUCAUGUCAACCUUCAUACGAGCAAGUUGAGUCAAUGGAUUCUACAGCCAUCCAGUUUCAACAUAAGUAUUUGUAGAGGUACCUGUUUGAAAGAAAUGUCUGCGUCAUCCAUGCCUGUUCAGAGACAAAGAAAACACCACAGAGAAGAUGAUUUACUCCAAAGAUCAAACUGCACUCCUCAAGGGCUGUCAUCUCUCAUUGUGAUGUACAGCAGUGACACCGCGGACAUUAUUAUAAAGGAGCUAAAGGAUAUCAGAGCAGAGAGAUGUGUGUGCCAGCCAAAUGCUCAAUGAAAGGACUGCAAAAAUCAAACACUGCCGUUUGUGAAGUAUUUGAGAACAUAUGGUACAUCUCUAAGAUGUCUGCUAAAGAGCACUUAAGAUCUGUUGUGUACAAACAUCUGAUAAACGUCUCAGAAAAAGCAGUUUUGCAUACACUCUAAAUCAUAAACAUCUUAAAGACAUUUUCUAAAUGUUUAUUUAACAUCUGACAGGAAACAUAAGAGAUGUAUUGCAGAUGAGCAAAUAAGAAAUACAUCUUGC